CAACCCCAACCCCAACACCCUCCCUCACUAAAAAUCAUUACUCUCCCCAACCGCCUCAAUCUGUCUACGAUUCCACUGUCUCUGUCUCUCUGUAUCUAUCUCUACGAUUCAAAAAUUCUUCCGAUGCCCUAGACCUCCAGGGCCGGUGCCAGUUUCUUCUGGCGGCACCUCUGGUAGGCAAGACUCGUAGGUCUUCGGUUUAAGGAUUUCUCUCUAGUUUUUCUCUGAAAUAUUCUACAUAUUCGAUUCGAUCGUGAGGAGGAACUAUUGAAUUUAAGGUUUUUGGGGCUCUGGGCGAGUGCCAUGGCUCCGGUGCGUAGACGCGGAGUAAACAACAAAGCCAAGGACAAGAGUCAGAUGAGUCUGGGUGAUCUUGUCCUCGCUAAGGUCAAAGGCUUCCCCGCUUGGCCUGCCAAGAUUAGUAAGCCUGAAGACUGGAAGCAGUCACCUGACCCCAAGAAAUACUUUGUUGAAUUCUUUGGAACACAAGAAAUAGGUUUUGUUGCACCUGCGGAUAUUCAGACAUUCACUAAUGAGGUUAAGAGUAAAUUAUCUGCCCGGUGUCAGGGUAAAACUGUCAAGUGUUUUGCUCAAGCUGUGAAGGAAAUUUGUGUUGCAUUUGAUGAUUUGCAAAAGAAGAAAUCAUGUGGUCUUGGAGAUGAUACUGAUAGAUCAGAUGUUGGGUGUGAGGCUUCCUCUGUCAACGGUGUAGAGGAUGAUCAGGUAGAGGUUGACUUAAAGGUUGAGACUGGUAAGAUGACAUACAAAGUUGAAAUAUUGAAUGAGGCUGUAAGCGAUUCUGACUCAAAGUUAGAGUGCAGCUUACAGACACAAGGUGGAACUGAAAGUCCAGAAGUAAAGCCUCCUGUCUCCUGUCGUGCAAAUGAUAAUUCUUCCUCUCUGGUCAUUUCUCCUGAGAGCAGUAAUAGAGUAUCUGAUGGUGCAAAACUAAAGGAAGAGGUAUUACUGAAAUCCUGUCCAGAUAAGUCUUUAUAUCUUAAGAAAGAAGUGAAUGUUGGUAAAAAUGUAGAAGGUGAUGUUUCCUGCACCAAGAAACAGGGCGAGGGACAGAAGGUAUUGACAAAUGAUCACAAGUCGAAGAAGAUAGGUGGUUCAAAGAAGAGAGGUGAUAGUGCAAUGGUAAUACACAAAACUAGUACAUCUGCCAUAACGUUAUUGAAGGGUGAAAAUGAUGGUCAUUCUGUUGAUCCCCCUGAACCUCUUGAGCGAUUGAAAGAUGGAAUUAAGAGCAAAAUCAAUUCUGGUAGCAGCAUACGCCAGUUUUGUUCUAGCCCUCUUAAAGCGGAUUCUGGUAACAGUGCUAUAAAAAAAUCAAAAGAUUUGCCAAGAGUGAAAAAACGUGUCAAGGUUGCUGAUAAUAUGCGGGAUCCUGGUAUUGAUCCAAAUGAGGAGGCCGAGGAAAAAUCUUCUGGCGAGGAAAAGAAUGCCCAGAAUGGACAGGGAAAACCUGAUUGUGGUGCAAAUGAUGGUUCACAUUCUGUCAAAAAGUCAAACCAUGACGAUAUCGGUGAUAUUGCUGCCGAUGGAGCACAUACAAGAAGAAAAAAGAGCGCCUCUCCCAGCCCCAAUUUGGUUUACAAGAAGGCAUUGAAAAAGUCAGAGUUUAAAGGCUCAACAUCAUCUGUGAAACCUGAUGGUAAUCUGCCUUCAAGUGCCCAAGCUAGCAUUUUUGGACCUAAUGCUUCUGGGGAUGAGGCUGCUCUACCCGUGACAAAGCGUCGACGUCAAGCAAUGGAGGGUAUGCCCCACUCCGAUACUGCUCCCAUUGAUGAUAAAACAGAAAGAAGAUCUACUUCAUUGAGAAAUGAGCUGUCAUCUUCCAGUGAUGUUAAGGUUCCAGGAAACCGACUGAACAAAAAACGGAGAGCAGUUUGCCUUUUUGACGACGAUGAUGACGAUAAGCCAAAAACUCCAGUUCAUGAUGGAUCAGCCAGAAAUAUUACUUCGAAUGUUACAGAUGCUACUAAGAGCAGUGAUGCACGUAAUGAUUCUUCCAAUAUCGCUGAGCAAGUUGGAGUUUCUGUUGCAUUUGAGGAUGGCCAUUCAAAGGAAUCUUCCUCUGAAUUACAUGAGUCUCUGUCACCAGGCAAAUGUCAAACUGAUGUGAAGAGAGAUGAAAAGGAAUUUGUUGCUCAUGUUUCUCGUAGCUCUGAGCAGUUGUCAUCCAAGGAGCAGUCAUUGUUGAAGGUGGCAAAAUUAGUGUUGAUUUCCCCAAAAAAGUCUCCUCAGUCUGGUCCUACUACCAAACCACUGGCAGAACAGCAUAAAGAGGCCAAAGCAUCAAUUAAAGUUUCUGGUACUGGUUCUCAGAAGAAGAUUCAUGCUGGGUCUGCUAAGGGUUUGGGUGUUGUUUCUAACAGCAUGAAUUCUUCUCAGAAUCAAGAAACAAUUCAAAGAACCAGGCCUUCUCCAGGAGGAAGAUCUAAAAACACUCCUAAAUCAAUCUCAAGGAUUGGUGAAUCCACUGUUUUGACUGGGAAAUUAGUGGAGUAUAAUUCUUUGCCCAGUGAAAGAGGGGAAUCUGGUAGGGAAGAUAAAAAUGGUUCCCUGGUUGAUUCUAAGACUCCAGAAUCUGUUACGUCCAUGAAGCAUCUUAUCGCUGCAGCACAGGCAAAAAGGAGACAGGCUCACUCUCAGAAUUUCUCACUUGGAAUCUUUACUUCUUUUGUGUCUUCCUCUGAUGUCCAGGAAAAGAGCCCCAGUCCACCUACAGUGCAGUCUCUUAUGACUGCUACUAGCAAUAUGCUGCAGGCGGAUUUGCAAGGAUUACAUAGUCACACAAUUUUGGCUUCUCCAUCCAAUCAUGGUCAUCAAUCUGCAUCGCGAAACCAACUUGAUAUUGAAGACAUUGAGGAGAGAAGAGUUAGUUCAGGCCCCACGACUGCUGGAGGCUCUCUGAGUUGUGGUACUGAUGCAGCUGUGGCUCGUGAUGCUUUUGAAGGAAUGAUAGAGACUUUGUCAAGGACUAAAGAAAGUAUUGGACGUGCAACUCGCCUUGCUAUUGAUUGUGCAAAGUAUGGAAUUGCUACUGAGGUAGUGGAACUUCUCAUACGAAAGCUGGAAACUGAGGCUAGUUUUCAUCGUAAGGUCGACCUGUUUUUUCUUGUAGAUUCCAUUACCCAAUGCUCGCAUAGUCAGAAAGGUGUUGCUGGAGCUUCAUACAUUCCUGUGGUUCAAGCAGCAUUGCCACGUCUUCUUGGCUCUGCUGCUCCACCUGGAGCUGGUGCUCGUGAAAAUCGUCGUCAGUGUCUUAAGGUUUUGCGGUUGUGGCUUGAGAGGAAAAUCUUACCUGAAUCUAUUCUUCGGCCUUACAUGGAUGACAUUGGCGUUUCAAAUGAUGAUGCAGUCAGUGGUCUUUCUCUGAGACGUCCUUCACGAGCAGAACGAGCUGUAGAUGAUCCAUUAAGAGAAAUGGAAGGCAUGCUUGUUGAUGAAUAUGGGAGUAAUGCUACAUUUCAGCUGCCCGGUUUUUUAUCUUCCCAUGUAUUUGAAGACGAGGAAGAAGAUUUUCCAGGCAGUUCAUUCAGGGAAGCUGGUGAUGCACCAGCAGUGGAUACAACCCAUGCAUGUGAAGAGUCAGAAACUCAUAUAGUUCCACCAAAUGACAGGCGCCAUUGCAUCUUGGAGGAUGUGGAUGUUGAGCUCGAAAUGGAAGAUGUUUCAGGACACUUGAAGGAUGAAAGACCCUCAUUCACAAAUCGUUCUUUUGAAACUGAUUCACAACAACAGAGCUUGGAUAAGGCCUCUGAAUUUACUCCCAAAAAUUCCACCAAGUUGCCUCCACUGCCAGAAGGUUCUCCACCUUUGCCUCUUGAUUCUCCACCGCCACCACCACCUUUACCUUCUUCACCACCACCACCACCACCACCCCUAUCAUCUCCAUCUCCACCACCUCCACCACCUCCCAUAUCACAGCCACCACCUCCACCACCUCCCCUUUCACAGCCACCGCCUCUACUGCCUCCCCUAUCACAGCUACCACCUCCUCCUUUAUCCCAUUCUGGUGCUUCACCUUUGUUGAUUGCUCAAGCUUUACCAAGUCAGCCUUCAUUAGUCUCCCAACCAUUUUUACCACAUCACUCAUCAGUACAGUCUUCGCCACAGUUGCCAUAUCAACCACCUGUACCACAUGAAUAUUGUAGCACUGCUAGUGGCAACCAACUUGUCCAAAUGGCUAGUCAUGGGGGUCAUAUUGAUAAUGCGCAGAAAAGUGAAAUGUUUCAACAACAGUCACUGUGUUUUGCUUCAACAGGAGUUUCCAAUUCUCGAGAGCCAUCUGGGUUUAAUUCUUCAAGGCAAUUAGAAUAUGGACACAAUGAGAUGUAUUUAAACCCACAAAUUUCUCAACCCAAUCAACAAUUUCAACAAGGUGAAACCUCUUUUACACAAAGACCUUUACACCCUGCUCCACCUCACAACCCAUCCAGUCAUUUCUCUUAUGCAAAACAGACAAUUCAGCAACAUGCUCAGCAUCCAUAUCACCAUCCAAAUUCUUUACCGUCCCUUCCAGAUGGCCAGAGGCAACUUGUUGCUGAUGAACAAUGGAGGAUGCCCUCGGGGGAAUUUAAAACAGAACAUCAGCAUGGUGGGUGGAUGAAUGGAGAGAGAGCUCAUUUGGGACUGACGUUUGCCCAGGAAGGUUAUUUUCGGCCACACCUUGAGAGGCCAUUGGCAAAUAAUAUUGGUUUUCAGCGGCCAGCCCCUAAUAAUCUACCAACUGGAGCUCCAACAUCAGGUCAGGCUGUGUCCCAGAUGUUUCCUUGUAGACCAGACAAUUCUUCUCUUAACUGUUGGAGGCCAGCUUGAUAGUCUCAAGUGAGAACACCUAUUGGUUUUCAGUACUUUGCAGCUGAUUUAAUUUAGAAGGAAAUGCCUUACCAUUCUCCAAAUGAAGUGGAAGGUCACAUGGGAAUCCUUGUCAGCAUAUUUUAAAUAAUUGGACGGCCAUUUGAUCAAAUAUUCCCAAAAUUUCCGUUUGCUUCAUUAAGCAAACAUUUAGGACUGCUACAGCCACAAAACAAUUCCACAAAAGUGAUCAAUUUGUCUUACCUACUUUGGUUGCACCAAGUAGCAAAUGCUAAUUACGUAUUGCCUCAGAGUAGGAUUGAAUUUCAGGGCAAUCCAUCUACACUUGAAGGCAGUGUUAAGAACUAGUGGAGGCUCUGGGCAGGACUCUCUAUAUUUUAAUUUUUCCGGACAGGUGUAUCCCGAGAACAUUUUCUGCCUAGUGUAGGCCCAUGUCUCUGACUUGGUUAUGGAAAAACAUUAAAACCAAAAUGUCCACCAUUUUUGAGGUUAUCAAUCUGGUCAUCAAUCCACUAAUAUGGUUUCAUACAUUGUGGCAGAUAUAACUACAAGAUUUUGAGGUGCACUUGCGAGAAACUUCUUGCCGAGGGCCUGUGCACCCCUGGGAUUAGUCGGGAUGCUGUUCACCCGGUUCCAAUAAAAAAAAAAAAAUAUCAUGUGAGCAAGAUCCUUGCCUCUGAAAACAAAGAUAGAGGUAGGAUUUGAGGCAUUUAUGUAUUAAAGUCAUAUAAUUUCAUCUCAAUAUAUCAUUUGAUGCUCUCUUUACUCAGAAAAUGCCCGUUUUGAAGGGAGCAUCGUUUUGGGUUAAAUUGCUCGGUGAUCCUAACGCUGGUGAUUUAUUUAUGAUACAUUUAGGAUACACCCAAUUCUGUCAAAACUCCCGUGAAAAGAUCUGAUAUUGAAUUUUGAGUCAUUCAUUUAGGAUACACCCAAAAGAGUUGGUAUACAUUUUUAUUGUUAUAUUCUAUUUUCCAUAAGUUGAAUACACUCAAGGAAGAUGUGGAGGCUACUGCCGAAUGGGGUACUGUUACUAAGGUUAAAGAGUCAUAUUUCACCAGAGUUUAUCAUCUU